AUGUUGCUCAGAAAUCUAAGCCCCCCAAGUGGUUUAUGCAAUGGAACACGAUUGAUGAUAACGUCGUUGGGUCAGAAUAGCAUCAUAGGAAAUAUCAUGGGAGGAUCCUUUGAUGGAAAACCUGUAGCAAUAUCACGAAUUGUGCUCAACAUUGAGGACAAAAAAUGGCCGUUCAUCCUCAAGAGACGUCAAUUUCCUGUUCGAUUAUGUUAUGGGAUGACGAUAAACAAAAGCCAGGGACAAACCCUAGAUAAAGUUGGAAUUUAUCUACCGAAUCCAGUAUUCAGUCAUGGCCAAUUGUAUGUGGCCGUAUCCAGAGUCAGAUCUGCAGCUGGGCUGAGGUUUCUGAUAACAAAUGAAGAGGGUGUUCCAGGAAAUCACACAAGAAACAUUGUGUUCUCAGAAGCAUUCACAGAUAUCACAGGAAAUUAA